AUGUCAUCUAAUCGAAAUACGCGUACAAAAACGGACGUACUAAGUUUACGUUUCAAUCAAGAUUCGAGUUGUUUUGUUUGUGCUACAAGUGAUGGUAUUCGCGUAUUUAAUGUUGAACCACUUGCUCUAAAAUGUUUUCUUGGUGUUGGUCGUACAACCUAUGCCGAAAUGCUUUAUCGUACGAAUUUAAUUGCGUAUGUACUAGCAGAUUAUGCUCCUGGAUUAGCAUCGAACGUUGUUAAUAUUUAUGAUAAUCAACGUAAAACACAUGUACUUAAACUUUGCUUUAAAACAUCAAUAAUGUCUGUCCGAAUGUCACGAACAAAACUUUUAGUGAUACUUAUGAACAAAAUUCAUAUUUUUUCUUUUCCAAAUCAAUGUCAACUUUUACAUACCAUUGAAACAAAAGAUAAUCCAAAAGGUCUUUGUGAAUUAUCAAACAAUGAUGGAUCACUGAUUGCAUUUCCUUUUAAUACAAAAUCUAAAGGUGGUUUUAUUCAAUUAUUAUAA